AUGCGCUGGGGCUUUGAGUGGAUCAUUGAUCUGAAGGUGGCAUUCGGCUGGCAGUUUUUGCUGACAGUUGUGUACUACCACCAUGUGCUGAAAGGCUUUGUGUUGAUUUACGCCUUCACAUCCUUCGACUGGGUUCUUGCAAGCUAUCAUGUACGUGGUCCUCGUUUGCAGGCCCUCAAGACCAUCGCAUUCCUGCCUUGGGUUCUGAAGCCUUUGCUGGGCAUCAUCAGUGACAUGUUCCCAAUCUGCGGCCUCAACAAGGCGCCCUACUUCAUGUUGGCGACUUUGGUCGGAUGCCCUGCAUGUGCCCUCAUCGGCUUCCCGGGCUCGAUGCCCACUUUGCCCAGUUUGCCCACUUUCGCGGCUGUCACAGUCGCAACGAACGAGGCUGCUACGGUCUUGGCUUUCUUCUGCGUCGGCCUUCAGAUCUGCACCUGUGACCUUCUGUUGGAGGCUGCUGUGGCCGAGCGUGUGCGGAACCUGCCGGAUCGGGGUCCACUCCUCAUGGGCUUUGUCACAGGGGGCCAGACUGUGGGGGAGGCUGUUGCUAUCAGCACGGUCGGCUGGGUGUUGGAGGCUCUGGGACCACGCGGCCCAUGCAUGAUCUCUGUGCCCUUGAUAGCACUUGCAUUCGUCCCAGCUGCCUUGAACUGGCUGGAUGAGUCGAGGCGCUCCGACACAGAGACUGCAGCAAUCCGAAAGGCUUUUUUUGUGGCCCCGCCAAAUGCGAAGACAACUGGAGGGGAGCUUCCUUUUCUGGUUGCUGCCAUGGGCCUCGGCUCAUUGGCGAUACUUUCUGUGGCCACCAGCACGGAUGUCAAUAUUGUGGAUGCUGCGGACCCGGUGACUGAAUCCGCACACCAGUUGGAGCUCAUAGCCUUCGUUGCCUUCCUCAUCAUCGUUGCCUUCAGCUGCCUGUUGAAUCCGAUUAUCGGCCGCUUGAAUGCCUUCUUCUUUCUACAGAGCACAUCUACCAUAUCGGUGGAAGGGGGAGCCUUCUAUUUCUUCACAGACGACUCAUCUUCUUUCCCUAUGGGGCCGCACUUUUCAGUGUGGUUCUACACCACCGGUCUCGGAAUAGCUGCGAGCUUCUUUGGCAUCGUUGGCCUUUGGAUGUAUAGCACCUUCAUGACGAACUGGAGCUAUCGAGGUUUGUUGUACUUGUCCAACGCACUUUGGUGCGUUGUCUCGAGCGUGUCCGUGGUGGUGUUCACGCGCAAGAAUGUGGAGUGGGGCAUUCCGGACACCACUUUCAUGUUGGGUGGCACCGUCCUGCAAAACGUCUUCGCCCGAUGGGCCUACAUACCUGGAGGCCUCCUGCUGUGCCAAGUAUGUCCGCCGGGCCUUGAGUCCACGAUGUUCGCCCUUCUGGCGGGGUGUCACAAUCUGGGUCGGUCGGUGGCUUCCAUUGUUGGCACAUUCCUGCUGGCGUACCUGGGCGUCGAGCCGGACGGCACAAUCCAUGACCGUCACUGCUUCGAUCGUUUGUGGGUGGCGGCGGUCUUUCAAGCGCUAGCACCUUUGAUUACCUUGUGCAUCAUCCCCAGCAUGAUUCCGAAUGUCUCCCAGACUGAACGCCUGGACCUGAAGUAUGGAGCUGCUGGUGACACGGGUGGUCUAGCAGAAGACUUAGGUCCUGCACAAAGUGUGGCAGCCGCCACUCGAGACUCUGUGUGGUCUCUGGGUGGCAUGUGGUUCACAUCAGAGACGUCCAUACAAAGGGGGAGUGUGAAUUCAAUUGGCGCUCAUCUUCCGGAAGUGGCAUACGGAGCAACCUCAGAACAGGCGUCGCUGUCGUCCCUCGACGAGGCUGGCACUGGUGGCAGCGGCCGGUUCGAUGCCAUGACUGCCGGGCUCUUUGAGUAUCUCGCCUUGCGAUGCAAAGAUGCACAGUCCCGGCCGAAGCCGGCAGGACCGAAAGCACUUGAGGCUGGAGAAGAUGAUCCGAGCCAGCACCCGACAGGCCUUUUGACAGGUGACGUGAACAGUCUGAUCAGCUCUGGUCUGAGCUCUUGGGUGCUGCAGGCAGCUACUGCCACAGCGCACCAGCUGGCUAUCAUGCAGAAGAAUCUCCUUGUAAGCUUGCAGGGGAAUGGCUUCCAGGAUGGCUCCAAUCCAUUGCCAGGAGCUUUGCCGAGCCCGACGACUCUGAAGCACAUGUCCUCGUUGGCAAGCCUGGAGCGCUUCACCACGGAUCCCUUCAGCGACUUUGAAGAGGAUCCCGUGAGUGACGACGACGAGGAUGCAGCACGGCUCCGCUACGAGAAGUCCUCAAGUUUCAAGACGGGCAGAUCAGACAUAGAGGAGACCGUGAAGAAUGCCUGGCAAGAGGAGGAAAGGGAAGCAGAAGCAUCUCCUCGCGGCCCUGGCGCCCUCGAGGAUGAUGACAGGUUCAGGGACGGUGACAAGGAGUUUCUCCAGAAGAAGCGACAAAUGGUCGUGAGGCGGAACAAGCUGGAUGAGAACAUGCCGGCUUGGCGCCAGUUCGCCAGGAAAGUGGUUUUCGACUAUCGCUUCGAGUGGCUCGUGUCCUUCCUCGUUGUGUUCAACUCGCUUCUCGUGGGAAUUGAAGCCCAGUGGGGCCUCGAGAACCUCAGCCAGGACCCGCAUUGGCUGCUGCGCACGCUGGACAUCAUCUGCAAUGUGUGCUUUGCUGCUGAGUUGGCGCUCAGGGUCGCAGCCGAUUGCAAGUUCUUCAUUUCAUUGGUGAACCCGUCACUGUACUGGAACCUGCUGGACAUCUUCCUAGUGACGUUUGGAUGGUUCGAGGAGAUUAUACUCCUAAUUGCUGCCAGCGAGUCUUCUUUGGAUAUGUCUGUGCUGAGAUUGCUUCGUAUGGCACGGCUCCUUCGCGUUGCCCGCAUUCUUCGAGUGGUGCGCUUCUUUAGCGACCUGCGUGUGAUGGUCAAUGGCAUCAAGGCCUCCUCACGCGCGCUUCUGUGGUCCAUUGUGCUCCUCACUCUUGUCACGUACGUCUUCGGCGUGACCUUCAUGCAGCUCUCUCGAGCGCACUUGGAAGAAACGGGGAAAUUGGACAGCAACCUGCUGGUGUACUAUGGGACGUUGCCACGAUCUGUCCUCACGCUGUUCAUGACAAUCUCAGGUGGCAUGCUGUGGAAGGAGGCUUUGAGCCCGCUCGGCGAGAUCCACUGGCUGUUAGACGUGGUGUUUCUCAUCUACAUCUUCUGCACCGUGUUCUGCUGCUUGAAUGUCAUGACGGGCAUCUUUGUGGAAGCCGCGCAGGUCACAAAGAAGACCGACGAAUCUGUGGUGCAGCAGGAGCUGCAAAAAGAACGGAAGCAGUGGUUAGCAGAUGUUGCGGAGCUUUUCUACCGCGUGGAUGCCGACAGCUCAGGCGAUGUCACCAAGAAGGAGUUCUGCGACCAGCUCUACAGCGAAAAGGUCCAGAUGCUAUUCCGCAAGCUUGGGAUCGUUCCCGAUGGUUACUCUCCUUCCGAGCUAUGGGACUUGUUGGACAUCACCCAGAGUGGAGCCAUUGUGCAGGCCGAUUUCGCUCACGCUAUCAGGCAGAUGAUGGGGCACGGUCGUGCCAUUGACCUUUAUAGGCUGAAGAAAGAUGUUCGCGUCAUAUCGAGGCAAAUGAGCGACCUGAACAAGACAAUGCAAACCACGUUUGGAGAUGACCGCUGA